UAUACGCAAAAUGAAUUCAACUCGGACGAUUUUAGCCCCGCGGUUACAGCCCGUUGCGAACGGGGGGUUAUGUACAUUAAUGUGGUGACUCUACAGCCAUUUUACGGUGUGGUACACACACAUGGCUAUCGUAAAGGCCCGUGUCUUAUAGACGGUAACGGAGGGUUUAAUACCACGUUGAAAGUCAGUCUAUUGGCCGAUGAGAAUGACGAGAUUUACUGCGGAAUCAAUAAGGGUGUUAAGGGUGAACGCUCGGUUUCGUUGGCAAUAAGGCCUCAUAAAAAUCUGGAAUUGACUGAUGAUAAAAAUUAUUACCUAACGUGUGAACAAUCCGGGUAUAAAAAUGUGCGUGGCGGCACAUAUAAAGUGACGUUAAAACUGCUUGAUAUGAGUGGUCAGAGAGCGGGCCGUAUAUUACACGGCAAUACGUAUAUAUUGCGGGCACAACUCACACCAUAUGAUAGCAUAACAUCGUUACGUAUAAAAAACUGUUUUGCGUUCACUGACGACACGGACGCCGGAGAUCAGGUCCAACUGAUCGACGCGUACGGGUGUCCGGCGCCGGCGGCCGACGCUCUGAUCUCUCCCUUCAACUACAACACCACACAUACAGCCGAAGCCGUAUUGUAUGAGAUGUUCAAAUACCCGGACACUAAUAAACUGAACAUACAGUGCGACGCUAUACUGUGUCGGGGCGGCUGUCAGGAGCCGGUGUGCGACUCACCCGGUUAUAAGGGUAGGGAUUUGGCCCUCGAUGGCUAUUCACAACUUUCUGCCUCUACCUCCAUGUUUGUUUUCGAGCCCACAGAUGAUUCACUUACCCACGAAAAUCUAUCCGAGUGUACUGAAUGGAGAUUCCCAUGGUUGAUUACCCUGUGCAUAGUGUUGGCCGUGUUAUUACUAUUAAUGUUACUGUUGAAUAUGUUCAUGUGCUCAUCGCUCAGUUGUCGCUGUAUUAAAACUGAGAUCGUGGAACAGGAACCGGACGAGACAGUCGACGAUUACGACCCAUACCGGGCCGACUGGACGGCCCCGAACUCACGGUACGGGUCCCGCAAUUCACUGAACAAAGGCUAUCCCGAGGGGACACUCAAGUCAAACAAAUCACAGCCAAAGUCCUAUCACUUGGGCUACGAUAACGAUGACUACGUUCCCGACCAACACAACCGGUCCUACUCUACACUACAGACCCGAUCGCCCCGACCUCGAUCGCCGGGUCCGCCCCUCUCAACCUAUUCGACCCACUCUUUAAAGUCAAACAAAAAAUUAAAGCCAAUCAAAACGAUCGAGAUCGAUUACUCUAUUGACAACAAUAAUAAAAAUCCAUAUAAUUUGGCCCGUCGUUAG